GUUGAGCACCAAGUAGUAUUCUCUACGUCUAUAGAAAGUAGUACUUUUCAGCGAUGGCAAGAACCAAGCAGACCGCUCGUAAGUCCACCGGUGGUAAAGCCCCGAGGAAGCAGCUCGCCACCAAAGCCGCCCGUAAGAGCGCUCCGGCUACCGGCGGAGUCAAGAAGCCUCAUCGUUACAGGCCCGGCACCGUGGCUCUGAGAGAGAUCCGUCGCUAUCAGAAGUCCACCGAGCUGCUGAUCCGCAAGCUGCCCUUCCAGCGUCUGGUGCGAGAAAUCGCUCAGGACUUCAAGACGGACCUGCGCUUCCAGAGCUCCGCUGUCAUGGCCCUGCAGGAGGCCAGCGAGGCUUAUUUGGUCGGUCUGUUUGAGGACACCAACCUGUGCGCCAUCCACGCCAAGAGAGUCACCAUCAUGCCCAAAGACAUCCAGCUGGCCCGCCGCAUCCGUGGAGAGCGCGCUUAAACCCAACGCUUCAUCUUAAACACAAAGGCUCUUUUAAGAGCCACUAAAUUUACACUGAAAGAGAGUUUCCCCAUGUAACGCGGAAUAUGACGGCUAGAAAGUUGAGAAGGUUUGUCUGGGUCUGUUAUUUAGCUUUCCCAUUGCUAGAAAAUGUGAAGGGGCGCGCGAUGGGUUUCAGUUACUGUGUCAGGCUCCUGUAACGAUUUGGUAAAAGGGCUGACUGGCGCAUAUCGUGUUAUUCUUUUGUUUUCAUCGUCUUGGAGGAGAGUUGUAAACGUGUCUGGAAGAGGCAAAGGUGGGAAAGUAGGCGCAAAGCGUCGUCGUAAAGCGACAGGGAUGCACUUUGUACGGCUUCGGAUGUUAAAUGCGUUUGUAUUAUUUAAAACCCAACGGCUCUUUCAAGAGCCAUCCACGCUGUCACAAAGGGUAGAUCUAGAUAUGUUGUUUUAUUUUUCAUGUAACCUAAAGUUGUUAGUGUCUACUGUAUGCAGCAUGUAAACCGAAACUGGAUGGAACCGAUUACUUCUCAAAAGUUAGGGUUUCUUUCGAAGACACGGAAUG